AUGCACGCCUCCAACUUCCUCGUCGCUUGUCUCGCCCCGGUCUUGGCGCUGGGCCUCCCCAACAACGCCGCCGACAAGAAGAAGCUGCCGCCAUGCGACGCGCAGUACCGGGCAUGCCGCUGCCCGGCCGGCUCGACCUUCAAGAACCUAACGUCAUUUGGUAUCAUCGGCGCGCCCGCAAUUGAGGUGCAGAAUAUCAUGGGCAAAUUCCUCGACAUCCGAUACCAGGGCGGUCUCAUCCCUGCGUCCACCACGGGGACGGAGGGCGUCGUCGGUGCCACGCGCACCUUCAACUUUAGCGCGCCAGCCGGGGGCUACUACCAGAUCACCGAAGUGGUGCGUAAAUAUUACAAGACAUAUCCCGACGGGUCGUUCAUCGCCAACAAUGAGCAGGAUCAGCGGAUAAACCCCGUCGUGGCCAUCCCCGGCGGCGGCACCUACAAGGGCCAGUGGAGCCAGAUCAUUGGCGAGCAGACGCUGAUUGCCAACGAGACGGCCGUGGCCUGGCGCAACUGGCGCUGCGAGAUUGGCGAGACUUUCCCCGCCGCGCAGUCCCACGAGAACGGCAUCCGCAACGCCUCGGCCGUUAUUGCCUCCGCUGGCAAGCAUACCGGAGUUGACGUCGCGCCUUUUACCAUCUUUUACACCAUCCGCCAGGACUAG